ACCCUGGCCUUUUGCGUCUUUCUUUUCUUUCUUCCUUCAGCGUGUCCAACACGCCUAAGCCAACCAACCCAUGCUGACUUUGUACAUAAUGAAGAAAAGUUAAGAACCAUGAAUGACAUGCUCACUUAACCCAUGAAUGACAUGCUCAUUAAACGAGCAUGUCUAUUACGUGGGCUGGACUCAUGGUGCAGUGCACCCAACAAUUUUUCCUCUAUUCAAAACUAAGAGCUCAAUUCUCAAACUAGAGUCGCUGUUAGCUAUCAUGUUUCAAUCUCCAAACCCAACAUCUCUCUCAGAGCAUAAAGGAAGCUCCUUUUCGUAUUUUACAUUUGUGCUACACAUUCUUUUUGUUUUCUUUUGAAUGAUCUCUAAUGGAGUUUCUACAAUUUUGGUUUGCAAUAUUAUUGUUCUUACCAAUUGGCAACUACUCAUUAUUGCUAUAAACAGAAGUUACUGAGCACUCCCAUAUUGGACGAUGACUGGGAGAAGUGCUUUAUAAGAGAACUGAUGGCUGCCCGAAGAAUCUAAAGCUCGUGCUUCAAGAUCUCUUCAGGAGUUCGAAUUAUCCAUCGGUGUAAGUGCAAACGCUGAGACUAAUAAUGAGUUACAUAAAGCUCCCAUGGACCACGUUGGCUGGGUGAAGCUCUAUGCUAGAGAAACGAAGGAUGCCUCCAAUAAAGAUGAUGCUAUAGCUCGUGGUUCAAGGGUGUUUGAUGCUUUCGAGUCAUCCAUCCUUGCAAUUGCAAGCACUGGGAUUAACCAGAUGGUGGAACAAGGAAAAACACUCUUAACAGGAACUGCAGAGUGUAAAGAACUGAAAUUGGAGUUGCAACAGCUGAAGCAACUGGUGACUCAGAAGAGUCAGAACCAAAUUGGGCGGAAGACAUUAAAGCAAAUUGUAGAACUUCUUCAGGCAGCAUAUGUACGUGAGCAACAACUGGCAUCGCAUUUAGAGGCGAGGACUAAUGAAUUGGACCAGCAACUACAGCAGAUUCAGCAAAGCAACUCCAACCAAGCGCAGCGCUUCCAUGCACCCUGAUAUCUUCUAUUGAUUCUUGGAUACGUUAGUUUGGCCUAAUGGGUGCAUAAUUAGUAUGUUAGUUCUUUCAACUGCUGUGAAAAAGGUUAUGCUGUUUAUCUGUAGGUACUACAAAUGGUGUUUCCUCUCUUAUAUUCAAACGGUAGCUAGUGAUGAAAGACCCAUUUUAGAUUUCAUUUGAAUACACCUUUAUGGAUUACUUCUCUUUACUGCUUGUGUCCUCAGAUUUCAAUAUUGAAUCUCUUUUUUUAGUAAGUAAUUUCAAUAUUGAAAUUGAUACACAUCAUAGAUGUUUGUAGGUUUGAGUUUAGAGAUCAAAUAAAGUGUAAUUGUAGCAAUAUACCUUGAUAAAGGGAUUAGUUGGUGUUUAAAUA